ACGUGGGGCGCGGUAAUCGAUGUAACGUCCUUCAAUCACAAUACGCAAUACGCAAAAUAUCGUUGUCGUUACAUACGUUUCUCGAGGCUAUCAGAGAUACCGGGUCGAGCGUCGUCGCGAACGGAACAAGAGACCUUCCGUUCAGCGAAUCGGCUUCCCCGGCUCGAUCGUUAACGCUGAGAAACGCUGAGCCAUGUCAUACAGUACUCGGCAAUCGGCAUUACGCGGCGCGGUGGGGUAGAGAGCCUCGAGAUAAGCGGUAGUGGUAGUGAUGUGAAACAUUCGUGGGUCGGGGGGCUGGUUGGCGGCAUCGGCAGGCAAGAAGACAGGCAAGCAGGCCGAGGGAGCGGUACGGUACAAGUUGGGUGCGAGACGCGGAGCAAGAGCGGGAGGAAACGGCACGGCGCGGCGCGGUUUCGGCUUCUCGGCAUCGGCUUCGGCUUCGGAAAUGGCCGCGGGAAAGUAGAGAGCGGAGCGUUUUGUCGCUGGGGCUGGCAGGCUGGUCGGUUGGGUUGGUUGGUCGGUCGGUCGUCGGUCGGUCCGUCCGUCGGUCGGUUGGCCGGGUUGAAUCUGGUCGUCGGUCGUGGUCCAAGUUUUUUCGGAGCACCGCGCGCUCGUUCAUCCGGCCGCAUCGGGGGCGCGCGAUCGAUUCUCACGGCAUCGGACAAUCUCGGAGAAGACCAGCGUGAGAUGUGAGAGCCGACGGCAUCAGGAGACCUGAGGAGAGACGUUGGGAAAACGGAAACGACCUCGACGGAGCGGGACGGAGAGCAGAAACUCGCGGUUCCUCGCUCGGUCCGGCCACGGCGAAGAAGAAGAGGAUGGCCGGCGACGACGGGACGACGACGAACAAUGAGAUCCUCGACGCGGAGGGUGGGGAGGAGGGGCAGGGUACGUCAGCGCGAGGGGAACUGCAUUCCAGAGUGGGCGGCAUUCUGGAAUGCGAUCCCCCCGGUAACAGGAAUUCGUCGAACGAGCGAGUCGCUGCCGCCGCCGCCGCUGCCACUGCCACCGCCACCGCCACCGCCGUCGCCGUUGCUGACAACGAGGACGGUGUCUGCCGAUAUGCGGUCGGCGCUGCUAACCGCGCUAUGUCUUUCUUCGAGAUGUGCCAGAUUCGACUCCAGUAUCUGUUCCCGCAACUGGGUCCACCCCCACGUUACAAUAUCCACGACGACUCCAUAGAAUCGACCGCAGAGAUCCUGGCCAACGACGUGAUACGGUACUUGCUGAAGGAGGAUAUCUAUCUUAUAUCCCAGGAUCCGGUCUCCCGCAGCAUGAGGCACAAUGUAUAUCAAAUGCUCAACAAGCACAGCAUUCUUUUCACGAGUAUGGUAAAUCGUUUGAACGUCGUCCCGGACACCGCUUAUGAAACAUUCAUGGGGGUCGCCAACGAGCUGUUCCUGCACGGCGUUAUCACAUGGGCCAGGAUUGUCUGCUUGUACGCCUUCAUGGGCAGAUUGGCUUUGUGGGCCAGGGACAGAAGAAUGCACAGUCUUAAAAAGAAAUUGCCAUUGUACGUCUCUAGAUAUGUUGGUGAAAACAUAACGCACUUCAUCAAGGGCUAUGGCGGAUGGGAACAAUUGUGCGUCGAGUACCCCGUGGCCGAAGAAGUCAGCGGCGCGGUUUGGCGGAGUCUGUUAAUGACGGGCGCCACUCUCGGUUUGAUCGCUACGAUCUUAUCGGUGACUUCUUGAUGGAACCUCAAGACGGGAUCGUGCGACUUGAGUACGUUUUGUUCGAAAAGCCUUCGCGUACUUACGUUCUACGGGAACACUCUCGAAAGGGAUGCGUACCAAUUUUUAUAAACGUACGCACAACGUUGUAACAUUUCACCCACGGACAUCGGAACGAUUCGAUUCAAACGGAGCGCUUGCUACGUCUAUACGAGAAACAUGGAAAAUUAACAAAAGAUACAUCAACGCGUUGACACACAUAAUUUUCAUAUCAAUGUCACUCGGCUUAGAGGAUCAUCCUACUUUUUAUGUAACUCCAGCGAGCAUACAUAGCAUGAGCGACAGACAAUGACGCUAGUUUCCUAUUACAAUACCUUAUAACAGACUAGUGAAAUUAGUAGACAGACUAUCUUAUUUAAUUCUACAAGAAUAGACAUUUUAUAUUAAAAAGUAAUUCCUAAUAAUAAUACUCAAAAUUGAAGAAAUUCUUAGAAAUUUACGGAACAAGAAACAAGAAUCUCGAAAUUAUGUUGAAUUUAGGUAGACGCAAUCUAUUUAUUUAUAAUUUAUUUUAGGUAGAAAAUAUAUUAAAUAAUAAAUUUUUUUCGAGUAUCUUUGGGUCACAUAAAAAACCGAUCGCAACCACACAUUUUUAAACUUUAAGGCAUAUAUGUAAUACCGACGAAAAAAACAAUGGCUACGAAGCUAUACCGUCAUGUAUAUUCAAAUAAUGGCUACUUUUUUAUAUGUUGAUAUAUUCUAUUACACUUGCAAAAAUUUUAUAAGCAUAUUCAGAAUAAAUACUUUUAUAAAAUAACGAUCGUUCUCCUGUAAUCAUUACUGAAACAAGAGAAAGAGAUUUAAAAAAAAAAUACCUACUACAAAGAUAUAAUUAAUUAUCGAUCAGUUUUCGCAAUUCCACAGAAAAUUUGAUUUCUUAUUUGUCGAUUCCCAUUUAGUAUUAAAAUACAUGUAGGUAUGCAUUAUUCGUGUUUGCUACAAAAUUAAUUUCUCAUGUACAUUAUCGCGUAUCAAUGGAAAUUUACAGGGUAGAGCACAAGUUACUGUUAUGAAAAUUUAAAUAUAGUUUUAUGAAGCGAUUACAUUACUACAAAUAAAAACCGCUCAUAAAAUAAUAUAAAGACUUAUUUACAAUGGUACAAGUACUUUUGUUUUCUGGGAAGACAUCGAGUCAACAUCGUUAGAGCAUCUUUAAAUGUAUCAUAAAUUAUAAGCGAUAAGUAUUAAUAUACUGUUGCGUAUCGUGAUAAAGGGGAUCAGUCUUAAUCACUACGAAAAUACCAUAAGCGACGUACUUUUGAUGUAUACGUUUGCAAAUAAUCAAAAAUACUAACUUCAUAUAAAAUAACGCUAUCCAUUCCUACUGCAGUGAACACAAUCCUCCUAACCGUAUCUAUGUAAUCUAAAACAUUAAUUAAUGAAGAAUAAUAAAAAGAUAUUGACAUUUGA